AUGGCUUUCGCCACGAUCAACUCGUCAGCGCCGACCAGUAUUCCGGCGAUUGAGAACGCCUUUGCCGCCGAACCGGGCCUGAAGAAACGAGUUUACGAUGCGAUCGCACAUACCCCGCAACAUGCACCUCUCUUUGAAGACAUCGCUAAAUAUACAUCCAGCCUGCUGGACAGGACUGCAAACUCUUCCGCUCAGACUGUGGAGCUCGUCAGCGACGGCCCGGCCAUGAAGAAACGAAAGUUACAAAAUGGAGAUGCCCCGGCAAAUGCCCAAUCGCCAGGCGACCUGAAAGCGGACAUGCCCCUGCAAUUUUACAUGCAGGAUGUCUCCUUCGCCAUGCCCCAGCGCAAGAAGCUCACGCUCGAGAUCACCGCCCAGCACGGAUUCCUACGUGCGAGAAACCAGACAUCGAAGGAAGUGGAGUUUGGUGUACCGCUGGGGAAGAUACAGCAUGUCCUCUGCCUUCCCGUCCCGGAAAAGAACCAACGACAAUUCAAUUUCUGCAUUAUUCCCCAGUAUGGAGAUGGCGUCAACCCACCACCCGAAGGGGUGUCUGCUCCAGAGGCCAUGGUGUGGACCGUUGCCGAUGGGCCUCCCAAGGCAGCGUUCUCGGGAACUGGACAACAGCUUGGAACCGGGGAUGGCGAGACGGCGGACAAAGUCGUCCAACGGGUCUUGAACGACAACCUGUCGCAGACCAAGGUUGUGCGCCCGGAUGAGCGCCAGUUUGUGAGCGCGAUGCCCGAGGCCCAUCGGAAGGGGGAAAAGGCCUACCAUGUUAAGGCUUUCCGCGGGAGUAAAGAAGGUUAUCUUUUCCUUCUUUCUACGGGGAUUCUGUUUGGGUUCAAGAAACCGCUGGUCUUUUUCGCCUUUGAGAAUGUUGACUCAAUCUCAUACACGUCCGUGCUGCAGCGGACCUUCAAUCUCAACGUCGUGGCUCGAUCCACUGGCAGCGAUGAGACGCAGGAAUUCGAAUUUUCCAUGAUCGACCAGGCCGACUUCUCCGGCAUUGAUACGUAUAUCAAAAAGCACGGCCUGCAAGACGCCAGUCUUGCGGAGGCUCGGCGCGCGAAGCGAUACAAUGUCAAUAAUGUCAAGACGGAAGACGAUGCUACCGAAGGGGGCGCCGAAGAAGAAGAAAGUGAGUUACAGAAAGCCCAGCGCGAGCUUGAAGACCAAGAGGACGAGGAUGAGGACGAAGAGGAUUACGACCCUGGCAGUGAGAGCGACACCGACGGCAGCGGCUCUAGUAGCGACGAGGACGACGACGAGGAUCAGGAAGGUGGCAUGGAGGAUGAUGAGGAGGAGGAUGAGGAGGGAGAUGAUCGAGACAUCGUGGCGGAAGAACUGGGAAGCGAAGCAGAAGAUGUUCCGGCCGAUGAGUCGUGAGAGAAAGGACGGGAGGACGGAAGGACGGCCUUUUAUGACGACUGUUGCUGUAUGAAUAAAUGGAUGCUGCUACAGUCACACUAAGGGUCUCUGUGCUAUGAUGUGUAUCCAACAACCGCGUGGCCCAAGCAUUGUACCGGUGGGCGCCAUUCAGUUACACUACCAUACACCGGGGCCACUUGAAAGUGCGAUAUUCUUCCCCCCUCUCUUCUUUUCCUGGACUGCUCCGCCCCGGCCGUGCUCGUGCAUUGUCUAGCAUCC